ACUCCAACAGGAGCGACACCGGAAGGCAGCAACUGGUCCGCCGGUGCUGCUGCUGCUGCACCACCACCACCACCAACACCACCACCACCACCACCCACAACCCGGCGGAGGGGAACCGGCUGACCGACACGUUGCGCGUCUGAUUCCGGGAGGAAUACGGCGGCACCGAGCUGCUUCCCACCGCCGUCGACCAACCGAAGCUUCAGCACUUGGAGAGCGGAGCCUCUUCGCCGAUGGCCAGUCCGGUCGCAGACGGCGGGGACUCGCAUCAGCAUCCCGCGGGCGCAGCGGCGGCCGCUGCCUGCGCGUUCCGGGAGGCGCGGGAGUGGAUCGAGGCCGUCACUGGAAGGUGCUUCGGUGACAAGGACUUCAGGGGAGGUUUGGAGAACGGCAUUCUGCUGUGCGAGUUGCUGAGCUCUAUUAAACCCGGCCUGGUGAAGAAAAUUAACAGGCUCCCAACACCCAUCGCUGGCCUGGACAACCUCAGUGUGUUUCUGUGCGGCUGUGAGGAGUUGGGACUGAAAGGCUCCCAACUGUUUGACCCUGGAGACCUGCAGGACACGUCGACGCGCCCCACCGCCACGGGAAGUGACUGCAGCCGCAGGAUCAAGAAUGUUGUAAUCACCAUCUACUGGUUGGGUCGUGCUGCCAACGGCUGUGCCUCCUACAACGGUCCCACGCUGGACCUGAAGGAGUUUGAGGGCCUGCUGUCACAGAUGCGAAAGGAGGCGGAGGAGGAGGCGGAGAGCCCCGUGCGCAGCGUCCGGGACAGCGGCUACGUCGACUGCUGGGACUCCGAGCGCAGCGACUCCCUCUCCCCGCCGCGGCACGGCCGCGAGGACUCCUUCGACAGCCUGGACUCCUUCGGCUCGCGCUCACGACAGACCCCGUCGCCGGACGUCCCGGUCCCCCGCGGCGGCAGCGAUGGCCGCGGCAGCGACUCCGAGUCGGACGGCCCCGCCCACCGGAAGACGCCGGACGUGCGCAAGGACGACAUGUUGGCGCGGCGAACGUCGGUCAGCGAGCCGCGGACCGCCGUGCCCUUCAACCAGUACCUGCCCAACAGGAGCAACCAGAGCGGCUACGUGCCGGCGCCGCUCCGCAAGAGGACGGCCGAUAAAGAGGAGGGCGCGCGCAAGAGCUGGAGCACCGCCACCUCGCCUGUAGGGGGGGACGGGCCUUUCAGCACUCCAGCUCGCUCGUGCUCAGAGGAACUCUUCCACCAUUCGAGCGCCGCGACGGCCGCCGCGAGCCCCGCCGUCGCCCGCGAGAAACGUCCGCCGGCGGCGCCCGCGAGGGAGGGAGCCGGCGGCGUCCCGUCAGCCGCAGGGCGAGAGGAGAAGCGGCCCCGCCAAGCGCUGACCCCUCCCAAACGCCUCGCCACCCCGAGCCCCCCGCGCCUCCUUCCCGUGCCCGACGCCACGGCAGCCGCGGCGGAAACGGGCCGACGGAAGGGGAGGGCGCUGAGCGAAAGCGACGACCCGCAAAGAGGAAACCCCUGGUUGGACAGCGGCCUUCCGGCAACAAGUGUGAGUAUGAUGGACAUGCGAGGAGAGGAGGAGGCGGCGCUGCAGCCUCACAGUCAGGUGCGUCAUGAGCUGAUGCACGACCAGUACAACAGGAUGAAGGAGGACGACGACCACUGGCAGGACGACCUGGCCCGGUGGAAGAAUCGGAGGAAGAGCAUCUCCCAGGACCUGAUCAAGAAGGAGGAGGAGAGGAAGAUGAUGGAGCAGUUGAUGACUGGGGGAACAUGUACCUCCCAGAGGAGGAGAAGCAUCAAGACCUACCGAGAGAUAGUGGAGGAAAAGGAGCGCCGUGAGGGUGAGCUGCGCGACGCGUACCGGAGAGCCAGAACCCAGGAGGAGGCCUCGCUCAUCCUGCAGCGCUACGCCCAGCGCUUCUCCAUCAGCGAAACCGCCCUGGAGCGCCUCCAGCUGCCCAAGCUCCUGGACCGCAGCGUGUCGGCUGACCCCUCCGUCCCGCCGUGCGCCUCCCCGACGGCCCCGGACCCCUUCGACGCCGACGGGCCCAUGAAGUACCUGCGCCAGCAGUCCGCCCCGGCCCCCAAGUUCACGUCCACGCUGGAGGCGCGGAUCGAGGAGUUUCCCAGCGGGCCCCCGCACCAGCGGCCCCAGAUCCGCUCGCGCUCCUCAGAGCCGCCGUCCAACAGAGCCCUGUCGCCCAAACCGCUGCCGUUGCUGACGCCCAAGCCUUACUUCCAGCCCACGGCCGGCGAGCCGCGGCCCAGCCAGGCGGCUGGUUUGCUCCGAGUCAACGGCGACGCUGGAAGUGACGACGCGGCGAGAGCGAGUCGAGGACGGGAGUCUCCCCCCGACUUCCCCCAGGCGUCCCCUUCCAAAAGCCCCUCGUCCGCAGCCCCCCCACCGACGCGCCGUCCGCUCCUCUCGACCGCAGGAGCAAACCCCGUGUCGACAGAGGAGGCCCGAGGCGGCUCAGAAGCGACUGCUAAGGACGUCCCGGGAGGACGAGUCCUCCUCAUUCAACAUUCAACGCCCCCCGGCCGGCCCACCUCGCUCCCGUCGGAGCUGCAGAAGCCAGGAGGAAGCCUCGGGGGGACCGGAAGUCGGUCGGUAGCGGCUCCAGAGGAGGAGAGGUCCAACGCUGCAGAAGCCCGUCCCUCCAGCGUUGUCCGAUCGGGAGUCGCCACGGAGCAAAAUCAGCCGGUGACUUUACAGGAAAGUGUCCCCAGGUCCCAGGACUGUUCACUGAGAAGAGAGAAGGUCCCGAGCUUAGCUUCUCCAGGAUCGUUUGAACGCGCCCCCCCCAGGGACACGGCAGCAGAGUUUGCAAACAGUGUCAGGUCUCCGCUGGCCACCAGCAACCCUAAGUUACGGCGGGAGUUCUUCGUGCCGGCAGAGGAGGAGGAUUAUAAGGAUCGUCGAGGAAACGUGUCAGUCCCGGUGUUGCCCCAGGCCAGGCGGGGUGACCGCUGGUCUUGGGACCCGGACGGGGAGCGAAUGCGUCAGGAAAGGUGGCAGCAAGAGCAGGAGCGCAUGCUGCAGGAGAAGUACCGGCGCGAGCAGGAGAAGCUGAAGGAGGAGUGGGAGAAAGCCCAGAGGGAGGUGGCGGCGGAGGAGAGGAAGUACCACGAGGAGGAGCGCAGGAUACUGGAGGAAACCGUGGCGCCUCUGACUCCCCGCCCCUCGGCCCUGCCCUCCCCCGGCCUGGGAGGCGUCUCCUGCGCCCCGGAGCCCCGGGACCCCGUCGUCCGCUCGCUGGCCGACUGGGAACGCAAGCAGGAGCUGCUGGAGAGGCACACGAGGGGGAGCUCAGAGGGCGCGGAAUGGAAACGCAGAGACAACGACAGGACCAGUGACAUCAGCGCCGCCGACGACGGCAUGGAAACGGCCAGAAGCUCGGUGAGUCGGAGCAGCAGCAGCAGCCAGCCGGAGACGCUCGGUCACGCUCUGCAGAACGGACAGAAACGUCCCGCCGCGUCGACACCGGAGCAAGGAGAGGCGUCAGCGGGCAGCGACAAGCCCGACCGGCCCGCAGGAGACAGGAGGAGUGGUCCCAUCGAUAGUAAUAUGUGCCGCAGCUCAUCGAAAAAGCCUGCGGCAUGUCCACCGCCUCCAGACACGGCACCCAACAGGUCAGUCAGUGGGAAGAAGCUGUGCUCCAGCUGUGGGCAGCCUUUGGGGAAGGGGGCGGCCAUGAUCAUAGAGACCCUCGGGCUUUACUUCCACAUCCACUGCUUCAAGUGCGGUGUGUGUCACGGACAGUUGGGCGACACGACUACGGGGACGGACGUCCGGAUCAGAAACGGCCUCCUCAACUGCCACCAGUGCUACAUCCGCUCCCGCUCGGCCGGACAGCCAACCACGUUGUGACGCUCGACAGAAAAGCACGCGCUUCGUGGAAGGAACUGCAUUGUUUUAAACCCAUUGCCUGCAAAUCAUGUCCUGCACAGCGUGGAGGGACCUUUGCAUCCUCUGCAGCUCGGUAACCAAUGAAGAUUCAUCACGGGGGUCUGGGGACAGUCGAACAGAUUAAAAUAUAUAUAUAUAUAUAUAUAUAUAUAUAUAUAUAUAUUUCCUUUUUUUGGAUAGGAGCAGGUUGCUCCUAUGUGUGUAUGUAAAUAUAUUCUUUGUGUGUAUGUCAUCCAUUAUGUGAGUGGAAUCUGGAUUUGAUUGGUCCACGUACAACCACAGACUCAUGCAUGUUCCUUCAUGCAAAAGGGAGCGAGAGAGACAGAAGGAGAGGGAGGGAGAGAGAGAGAGAGAGAGAGCGAGAGGGAGAGAGAGAGAGAGACUUGUUCUCCGGUGGCGGCCAUGUUAAAAAAUAAAAUGCCACGCUUCAAACACAGGUUGAUGUUAAGGCAGUGAACAAAGAGAAAAUAUGGGGUUCCAGUCUUUGGUUAAGUUAAAGCAGAUUCUAUUUUUCCGGGUUGAAAUCCCGUUCU